CGAAUCUCAAACCCUAAUACUCAAAGUUGAAAAAAUCAGGUGCUAUGAGACAAACACUAUCAAAAUCCAUCUGAUAUGACCCAGAUACAAAAUUUCCCAAUUGAUGAUUGAAUAUCCAACCCAUCGCCGUCGCCUCUCACCCAAAAACGAAAUUUUCCAUUCAAAGUGCUUUCAACCCAAUGAAAUUCAGAUUUUUUGCAAAGCAAAUCUGCUAUAAUCAGUCUUGGAUGAAGGGAUUGAAGAUAAGGAUGAGGUUAAAAUCAAAUGAAGAGUUGUUUUAGACAUCAUUGGUGUCUUGACUGGUGUUGGAAGUGAGAGGGAACGUGAGAGGAAUGGAAACAUGACAAAGCUCAAUGUCAUUGAACUUGAGGCUGGAGGGUUCAAGAUUCAAUGUACUUUUUUUGGAAGUUAUGUAGAUGAUCUCAACAGUUUUAUAGCAAGUGGAGAUAUCCAAAAUGCUAUGGUGAUCAUCCAACUUGCUAAAGCAAAAAGCUUCCAAGAUAAAAUACAUAUUCAGAACUGUAUUGGUUGCACCAAAGUUAUUUUCAAGCCUAUAUGUGAUGCUGCUGUUAGCAUGAGGAAUAGGCUGAGUGAGACUGUUGAUACCCCAUCCCCACUUGGUUUAACCCAGCUGCAACUAGAAGCAAAACUUAUUUUGGUGCUAAGUUUAUGACUGAUUUGUUGUUUAUCAGUUUAUUUUGCUACCUUAUCAGGUUUUAUUGGUUGCGUGUAUGAUUGGAUGCAAAGAGAGAUAUUUGGAUGGAAUGAAGACAGAAACUUGAAGUGUGAAAAGGGUGUCCUAAGGAAAGCGAUUGCCUAUUGACCAAAAAAAAAAAAAAAAAAAAAAAGGAAAGCGAUUGCCUAUAAUAACACAAUAUUCUGCUUAAUUAGUUUUAAUGAUGUAUUUAUAUGAAAGUCAAAAUGUAUACAUUACUAUAUUUAGUAGGACUUAUUACUAUUAAUAAGAAUGUCUCUUUGGUGAUGUAUAAACUUAAUUGUUGUGUUUCAAUAUUAUUCAUUACCAUUCA